GUGACGUCACAGCUCAGACCCUUUCUGUUAAAAACAAAGAGAGACACGUUAGAACAGCGCAGCAGCGGAGGACAAACUACCGACAGCUCGGCGGUCUGUGCGUCAGUAUUUCAGCCCUGCUGUCGGUAAACUGCAGCGGCAGGGCGGCCCGGAGGCUCCUCAGUGAGGAGCGGAGUGUCGGAGGUGGAGUCCGGGCUGAUGGCGUCUGAGGAGGCCGCUGCAGUGAUGGGACAGCAGCGCAAUAACAUCCCGCUUCGGCGCUUUUAUUGCUCCCAGUAGUUGUUUCAUGUUCAGCUUCCGGUCGUCGUCAUGGAUCCAGAGAAAACGCUGACCUUCUGCCUCGGACUGAGGACUGACGAGAUGACCAUGUCCUUACAGGAACUGGAUAGAACCGAGGCUGCUACGGCGGUUGUCCCGCAGAAGGAUAUGGACAUGCGCACCAUUAAUAAGGUGGCUGUCCCUCUGAAGGAUUCAGACAUGCACACUAUUGAUAAGGUGGCUGUCUCUCAGAAGGAUACGGAUAAACAUACCAUCAAUAAGGUGGUGAAGCAUCAUGGCAGCUCUGGCAGCCAGCCUGUGAUCAGUCCUAAGUACUGUCCCGGGAUAAACAACAAUCCAGGGUACCUGUGUGAAACCGGUCACUGUUGUGGAGAAACAGGCUGCUGUACCUACUACUAUGAGCUGUGGUGGUUCUGGCUGCUGUGGACAUUGCUGAUCCUCUUCAGUGUUUUUUGUGCUUACCGUCAUCGCCGGGCAAAGUUACGCAUCCAGCAGCAGCAGAGACAGAGGGAGAUCAAUCUUAUCGCCUAUAAUGGCGCCUGCAACUAUCCGCCAUCCUCAGUGCUCGACCUCAGUUUUCUGGCUUCAUUCAAGUUGCCGUCCUAUGAGGAGGUGGCAGCACAGCCCAGUACGCCGCCUCCACCUUACAGCUCUGUGUUUGCACUGGAGGGAAGUACCACAGCAGGUCCGAGCAGUUCUUACCCACAUCAUCACCACCGGCACCCUUGCCCUCCUUACCUGGUCUCCGGCCCUGGACGCAGUGGCAUGGCAUCUUCUCUGAGCUCUGACAACUACACCAGCUGCUCCUGCGAGUCGUGCUCCCUCACCUCGCCCUCCAGCACCUCCUUCUCUGUCCAGGUGACAGACGAGACAUAUGAAAGCAGCCACAUGUCCGCACCCAGUGAAGCUGGGGGCGACUCUGGUGUCACAUCUAGGGUUGGCGCUCCACCAUCUCCCCCGCCAGCACCUUCACUGCAAGCUCCACCGGAUGUUGUACCUGUAACUUCUCCAGAUGUAACACAGAGACAUUCCUCGCAUGGCAGCGAAGGAGUCUCACCUUCAGCUCCACCACCCUCUCUCCCUUUCCACACUCUUUAUCCCUCCCGUGCGUCACACUCUGUUCACCAGCCACUGCCCCCUCUCAUCCUGUCACCCUGCCUUCCUUCUGGUUAUGUCCAUCCUCAGGUUGUUUCAGAACCACUCAGAGGCGUGACAUUUCAAAAAGACAAAGACGAGACUUUGCCCCCUGGUUUAUCUCCCAAGUCUACUACGCCUCCCAAUAAACAAGCCCUCUUUUCCUCAGAUGUGUUCAUUUUUGGGCACUGUGGCAUCAAAGAGGAGGUAAAACUUGAAAAGGAAGAGGAUGGUGAUGAAGAAGAUGAUGACGAGGAAGACCACUUCAGCCAUCGACGGCUAACAGGAGACUCGGGCAUUGAGGUGUGCCGCUGCCAUGUGAAGAGAGAGGAGUAAGAGAUCGAGGAGCUGCAGAAGAGGCACUUUGGGAGCAGAGAGGCUGUGAGAGAAGGCAUUAGGACUGAAGGCCGCUGUCCGGUCGCCACUCCUGGGUGACUGAGCUGAACAGCUGGGUCACGUCUCCUUAUCUUCCACGGGCAUUGUAGAGAUGGGCGAGAAUAUGAUCACCACAGAAACAUCA